AUGAUCUAAAAGCUUGUGAAUAUAGGCACGAAUUUACUCUUUUUGCUUGGUAUUUUCUGGGUAAUUUUUUCUUCAGUGAUCUUUUCUUAGUACAUGGAAAUGAGUGAAUACUUUAGUUUCUUUUCUGGAGCACUUUUAAUUGGCAUCUUUUUUGGUAUUGCCCUUAUAAUAUGGGCUCUCUUAGGAAUGAUAGCAAUUUGUAAAAAGUUAAAUUAUUUAUUAAUUGCAUACAAUCUUGGAAUGUUUGUUUUCUUUUUGCUCUAAGUUGCUAUUCUAAUUUUAAGUAUAUUUGCUGCAAGUUCUAUAAAUAGUUAUAAAAAUGAUACUUCAUGUACUAAAUAAUCAUUUUUAAUUGAGUUAGCUGAAUUAAAUGCUGUCUCAUAUUAAACACUUUGCUAAAACGAUUGUUAAUGUCAUUUUGAGGGAAAUAAGGCUCAAGCCUAAAAUCUUGGUAUUAAAAAUUAUAUUAAUAACGAGCUCUAUCCACAAAAAAUACAAGAAUGCCAAGCUUUCAAUUUUUUUGAUUUGCAAGAUAAAGAUGAAAACAGCAAUUUCCUAUAAGCUUUAGAAGAAACAUUUUAUUGCAGCGGUUUUUGUUCAAUAAACUCUUACUAUGUGUUUAGCAAUGUAAAUGAUGGUAUCCCAAACAAAGAUUGCAAAUAGGAAGCUCUUGAAUUUUUUGAAAAGAAUAAUAACAUAACUCUAAUUUGUUCUUCAAUAGUAACAUUUUUAAUGGCUCUAAGUUUUAUAUUUUCAGUACUAUGGUGUUUCUAAAAACCUCAAUUAAAUUAUGGGUAUCAAAAAGAAAACUCUAUAAGAAAAAAUGUAGAAAUGCAAUAUAUAAAUACUUAAUGA